UCUAGUAGGUAAUGCACUUGUUUACUUUCAUACCUUUUUUCAUCAUCCUUAUUGAAAUUGCACAUCUUAUUUAAUGAAGUCUACAUACAUUCUCUUUCUAAUGAUAUAUAUAUGCAUUAAGUUUUAUACAAAUUUCCCCACUUAAACCCAUUGGAAUAAUAAGUAUAGCAAAAACAUUAUUGCAAACAAUUAAAGUACAAAUUAAAAGAUGGAAUGGAGAAAAUGUUAUUUAGAUUUGGUGUUAGUUCCUUCAGGUUUGUUGAUUAUUACAGUAUAUCAUGUAUGGCUUUUGCACAAGGUUCGUACCCAACCUUUCUCCACCAUCAUUGGUAUUAAUUCUAAUGCAAGGCGAUAUUGGGUUAAUUCUAUAAUGAAGGACAAUGAGAAGAAGAAUAUCCUAGCCGUCCAAACAAUAAGAAACACAAUCAUGGGAUCAACCCUAAUGGCCACAACCUCCAUCCUUCUUUGUUCUGGUUUAGCAGCCAUACUAAGCAGCACAUACAGCAUCAAAAAGCCUCUAAACGACGCCGUUUAUGGCGGCCAUGGGGAGUUCAUGAUGGCCCUAAAAUACGUGCUACUACUCCUCAUAUUUCUAUUCUCCUUUGUUUGCCAUUCUUUAUCAAUCAGAUUCAUAAACCAAGUGAAUUUCUUAAUAAACACCCCACAGCAAGAUCUGGUUCUUGCUAAGAUAUCACCUUCUUAUGUUUGUGAGUUAUUGGAAAAAGGGUUUAUUUUGAAUAGUGUAGGAAAUAGGCUUUUUUAUGGUGCUCUUCCACUUUUACUUUGGAUUUUUGGACCUGUUCUUGUUUUUAUUUGUUGUGUUGUUUUAGUUCCUGUGCUUUAUAGUCUUGAUCUUGUCUUUCAUUUUGAUCAUUUUCGCAAAGGGGAUAAUGAGGUCUCUAAUGGGGAUUUCUUGUCUGUUCCUUGAUCAUAAGCGCAGAGGCGGAGUAAAAAUUGAUAAACUUUUAAAGGUCCUGUGCAAUUUCAAAAAUUGUAAUAUUUUUCUAGCAAUUUUGUAUCUUUACAUACUUAUAAUGUGUUACAUAAUUUAAUAUUGAGGCCCCAUGAUUUUUAGGGGCCAUGUACGGUCGAAUAUGUUGAACAUACUUAUAACCUUCCAUGUAUUUGGAAUUUUGAUUUGUAGUUUUAAUUUGUACGUACUUUUGAUCUAUAUUUGGAAAUGAUAAUCAGAUU